ACAUGAAAACUUGCAGUUUUUCUAUCAUCACUUUUUUUUUGUUUUCGCCUUCUCUGUUUGGUUCUUAAUACUCUUACAGUGUGACAUUCAAAGGGUAACCCACAAAGAUUCUCACUGGCUCUCAGUCAACUAUGCUCAAAACCAUAUCCAGCACUCCUUAGUAGCAGUGCAUGAGCUUAGGAAACUAAUUGACUCUGCUUCCAUUCCAAGUCUUUGUCUUCCUUCUUCUUCAUCUCUCUCGUCAUUGUUUUGCAGUGAAAGGUUUCUAAUUUAUUUUCAUUCGGCUGAUUCCCUUCACUACACGGUUGUCUCUUCUCACUCAAUAGCAUUUGCAUUUUGAAUGAUUGGUGCUUGAAGCAGAUUUACUAAAGUUCCAUGACUGUUCAGUGAGCUGGAAAAGUUGUUGGCUUUCUACAAAAAAGGUUGUAGCUUUGUGAGGAUGAUGAAUCUCUCGAGGCUUCUGUUACUAUCCAUGUUUGUCCUGUCCGCAAUGGGGCAGCUUCCUUCACAGGACAUCAUGGCACUGCUUGAAUUCAAGAAAGGCAUCAAGCAUGACCCAACCGGCUUUGUCCUCAACUCCUGGAACGGUGAGUCCAUCGACUUCAACGGCUGUCCUUCUUCUUGGAACGGUAUUGCCUGCAACGGUGCCAACGUGGCUGCUGUUGUUUUGGAUAAUUUGAGCUUGUCUGCAGAUGCUGAUCUCAGUGUGUUCUCCAACUUGACAAUGCUUGUCAAACUCUCCAUGGCUAACAACUCAAUCUCCGGUGUCUUACCGAGUAAUCUAGGCAGUUUCAAAAGCCUCCAGUUCCUGGAUUUGUCUGAUAACCUCUUGUCUUCCUCGCUGCCUAAAGAGUUUGGUAGAUCAGUGAGCUUGAAGAAUCUCUCUUUAGCUGGUAACAACUUCUCUGGUGAGGUUCCUGAGUCUCUGGGAGGUUUGGUAUCGCUUCAGUCUUUGGAUAUGAGUCGCAACUCCUUCUCUGGACCUUUGCCAAAGUCCUUGACAACGCUGAACGAUCUGCUCUACUUGAACCUCUCUUCUAAUGGAUUCACAGGGAAAAUCCCAAGGGGCUUUGAUCUAGUUCCGAGUCUUCAGGUUCUUGAUUUGCAUGGUAACUCAUUUGAUGGUAAUCUUGACGGCGAGUUCUUCCUUUCAACGAAUGCGAGCUAUGUUGAUCUCAGUGGAAACAGACUGGUGACAGCGUCUGGGAAGCUGUUACCUGGUGUUUCUGAGAGCAUCAAGCACUUGAACCUCAGUCACAAUCUUCUUGAAGGUUCGCUGACUAGUGGGUUUCAGUUGUUUCAGAACUUAAAAGUCUUGGAUCUUAGCUACAACCAGUUGUCAGGAGAGUUACCAGGUUUUAAUUAUGUCUAUGAUCUUCAAGUACUCAAGCUUAGCAACAACAGAUUCUCAGGCUCCCUUCCUAAUAAUUUGUUGAAAGGAGACUCCUUGGAUUUAACAACACUGGAUUUAAGUGGGAACAAUCUCUCAGGGCCAAUAAGUGCUAUCAUGUCAACAACUCUUCACACCCUUGACCUUUCGUCAAACUCACUGACCGGGGAGCUUCCUCUCUUGACCGGGAGAUGCGUCUUACUCGAUCUCUCAAACAACCAGUUUGAAGGAAACCUGACAAGAUGGUCAAAAUGGGAGAACGUUGAGUACCUUGACCUCAGCCAGAACCGUUUCACUGGUUCCUUCCCAGACGUAGCUCCUCAGCUUCUUCGAGCAAAUCAUCUUAACCUUUCCCACAACAAGCUCACAGGCUCACUACCAGAACGGAUUCCUAACCAUUAUCCCAAACUCGGUGUUCUAGAUAUAAGUUCCAACAGCUUGGAUGGGCCACUCCCGAGUACGUUACUGUCCAUGCCCACUUUGGAGGAGGUCCAUCUUCAGAACAAUGGCAUGAGUGGUAACAUCGGACCUUUGCCUUCUUCUUCUGGUUCCAGAAUCCGUCUCCUUGAUCUUUCUCACAACCGGUUUGAUGGUGAUCUACCUUCUGCAUUCGGAUCUUUGAACAAACUUCAAGUGCUGAAUCUCGCAGCGAAUAACUUGUCUGGAUCUUUGCCUAGCUCCAUGAAUGAAAUGGUCUCUCUAAGCUCAUUAGACCUAUCACAGAAUCAUUUCACUGGACCACUCCCAAGCAACUUAUCCAGCAGCCUUGUGGCUUUGAAUGUGUCUUACAAUGAUCUGUCAGGGACAGUGCCGGAGAAUCUGAAGAACUUCCCUCCGCCUUCCUUUUAUCCUGGGAACAGCAAGCUAAUCUUGCCUGCUGGAUCAACAAGUGCAUCAGAAGUUUCCAAGGGGAAACCAAUGAACUUACUAAUCAAGAUUGUCAUAAUAGUUUCCUGCGCCAUUGCUCUUAUUAUUCUCAUCCUUGUGGCUAUCCUUCUGUUUUGCAUCUGCAAAUCAAGAAGACGCGAAGAGCAUAGCAUCACUGGUAAAGAUAUUAACAGGCGGGAUCAAACAAUCCCUUCGGGCAGUGGAGUUGUCUCUGCUGAGGAACUAGUUGCUUCGAGAAAAGGCUCUUCAUCAGGAAUCCUCAGUCCAGAUGAGAAGCUAGCUGUUGCGACUGGCUUCUCUCCUUCAAAGACAAGUAACUUAUCUUGGUCACCUGGCUCAGGAGACUCACUCCCAGCUGAUCAGCAACUAGCACGGCUUGAUGUUAGGUCACCAGAUAGACUCGUGGGAGAGCUGCAGUUUCUGGAUGAGUCGAUCAAACUGACUCCAGAGGAAUUGUCGAGAGCACCGGCUGAAGUUCUUGGAAGAAGUAGCCACGGGACUUCUUACAGGGCAACGCUUGAUAAUGGAGUGUUUUUAACCGUGAAAUGGCUAAGAGAAGGCGUGGCAAAGCAGAGAAAAGAGUUUGCUAAAGAAGUGAAGAAGUUUGCUAACAUUAGGCAUCCUAAUGUGGUUACUCUAAGAGGAUACUACUGGGGACCCACGCAACAUGAGAAGCUUAUUCUUUCAGAUUAUAUAUCACCUGGAAGCGUCGCUAGCUUCCUUUACGAUCGACCAGGCAGGAAAGGCCCUCCUUUAGCAUGGAUCCAACGUUUGAAAAUUGCGGUUGAUGUAGCACGUGGUCUAAACUAUCUCCAUUUCGACAGAGCUGUUCCACACGGUAACCUCAAGGCAACAAACAUUCUCUUAGAAGGAGAAGAGCUAAACGCACGCGUUUCAGAUUACUGCCUCCACCGUCUCAUGACACAAGCAGGCACAGUUGAACAGAUCCUAGACGCAGGCAUCCUCGGUUACCGAGCUCCUGAGCUGGCAGCUUCAAGGAAACCGCUGCCUUCUUUCAAAGCAGAUGUAUAUGCAUUUGGUGUGAUACUUCUUGAGAUCCUAACGGGAAGAUGUGCAGGAGAUGUGAUCACAGGUGAACAAGAAGGUGUUGAUUUAACUGAUUGGGUUAGGUUACGUGUUGCUGAAGGGCGUGGUGCGGAAUGCUUUGACUCGGUGUUGGCACAGGAGAUGGGAAGUGAUCCUGUUACGGAGAAAGGGACUAAAGAAGUUCUUGGGGUUGCUUUGAGGUGUAUAAGACCUGUUUCUGAGAGACCUGGUAUUAAGACCAUUUAUGAAGACCUGUCUUCAAUUUAGGAACAAUGUUCUUCUCUCUCUUGUUCUGUUUUUGUUUUUUUAGGUUCAGGUCUCAUUGGAGUUGCAUGCUUUUGUUUCUGGAGAAGCAUGUUCUUGAUUUAAGGUUGUAUUGUGUUGUGUCUUCUUCUGUUGUUUUCUUUUGUAACAUUUUUCUCUGUAAAAAGACGAAAUACGCUCAUGUCUCAUGAGUGAAUGAAAGUUUAUGGAAGUUGUUAAAUCAUGUC